AGCAAAGAUGAUUGGAUGUUUUGUACUUUUCCAAGUGUUUGUGGUCUUGGUUCACGCCAGGUAAACGUAUUGAGUGCAAUCUAAAAUAAAAUAUAUUUCAUAAUAUUAGAUCGCCUAACCAAAAUGCUUAUGACAUCAAUAUUAGUUUAUGAAUACAUUAUGCAAAGUAAUGACCUUCACAUGUGCAUUAUGUACAUUAUGCAACGUAAUCCUAAAUUAAUAUACAUGCAGAUUGGGUUAUAAUGAUAUAUGAUACAAAGGAUUAUGCUUAAAUUGAUCAAUUUAAUCCUUAAAUUAAUCAAUUUAAUCCUUAAAUCAUGCAGAUUUAUGGCCUGAAUUCAUAUGCAUAUUUGCGCAAUAUUGCACUGUCGCAACAAACAUGUGCAAUAAUGUGCAUCAUAACGUAAUGUUUAUGAAUCAUUAUGCAACGUAUUGAGUAUAAUCUAAAAUAAAAUAUAUUUUAUAAAAUUAGAUAAAAAAAGAAAUGAUCCUUACUGGGCAUCAAGAAAGAACAGAUAAAUGGCUGUUUAGACAUGAUAGAGCUAUGCAGUAUAAAUAAAGUUAGUUUAGUUUAGGCUAUGUUUCCUUCUGUAGUAACAUUGGAUCAAUAAGAGAUAGUCCUUACUGGAUCUCUAUAGAAAGAACAGUUUAGAACUGAUAGAACUAUCCAGUAUGAAUAAAGUUAGUUUAGUUUAGGUUUCUUCCUGUAAUAACACUGGAUCAAUAAGAGAUGAUCUUCACUGGACACUAUAAGAAGAACAUUUUUAGAACUGAUAGAGCUAUGCAGUAUAAAUAAAGUUAGUUUAGGUUUCCUCUUGUAGUAACACUGGAUCAAUAAGAGCUAAUCCUUACUGAAUCGCCAGGAAGAACAGUUCAGAACUGAUAGACUUAUCCUGACCAGUAUAAAUAAAGUUAGUUUAGGCUUCCUCCGGUCUUGAGUAACACAGAAUUAACAUGAAAGAUGGCUCUCAUUGACAAUUGAACCUAAUUUAUUCAAAACCUCAUCGUUCAUUAUAGACCCAAUCACCGCAAUGUUGAGAAGAUAAUGACAAAUUUGGUGCAAAAUGAUGCAAAUUUUGAUAUUAAUGCUUAUCGUCGUAACCAACUCAAUUUACAUAACCAUUAUCGCUCGCUGCAUGGCGUUCCGCCAAUGACCAGAGAUGCAACGUGAGUAAUAUAUCAUACAAGAGAGGGAGAUUACUAGAAUUGAUUACUAUAGUAUACAUAGUGAGGUUUUUAACAUACUUGGAGGUGAUUUAAAAUUAUAAUAAACGACUUCGUCGACUUCUUAAAAGAAACAGUAUUUCUUGAGAAACACGGCUUGUAUCAAGGCAAUUAUAUGCCGUCUUUGACCAUUUUUAAGAACCUCAUUUCACAGCAAAUAAAUUGUUUACUAUAUGUAACGACACCGUGUUUUGCUGCCGGAAAAUACAUGAAAUUCCAACGUUAUAGUUGUCCCUGGCACGAAAAGCGAUAAAUGUGAAAUCUUGUGUUUUGUGUGUUAUAUGCAAGUAUAUACAUAAAAAUAUAAAAAAAACUGAUUACAAAGUUUUGUAAAGUUUUGUUGACCCUAUAUGACAUCAGCCAAUUGUCAUGCCAACGACAGCUAACGUGCAAAUAGAAACCAGGCUUUAGUACCAAUACAUUUGAAGUGGAACACCUUCUUGGCUGAGAACCUCCUACUGCAACUUUUCAAAAAAAUUAUAAUUUUAACAAAUCCUUGGGGGUUUACACGAUAUCGAUAUUGCAAGAAAAUCAUUUUAUCGCUAACUUUUCUGGAUAUUCUUAUCAUUGUCAUUAGUCUCGAGGCCAAAGCACAAGAAUACGCUGAAAUUUUAGCGGCAAAAAACAAAGGAUUAGUUCAUUGCAACAAACCAUACUGUGAUCGUCAAGGUGCUGGUGAAAAUUUAGCCGCAGGUGGUGGAAGUAAUAUGAAUGCGGCAAAAGCAUGGUAAGACUGGGAUUAUUUAUUAUACUAAAGACAAUUCCUAUUAAUUCCUUUCCUUACAUUAUUCUUAUCAAUCAAUAUUAGAUCAAUCUUUCUCAUUCUUGCUACUACUAUUCUUCUACCCUCCCCCUCUAUCUUCCCCACAUCCUUCCUUCAACCUCUCGGCGUCCAUCUUAUCCCUUACUUCCUCCCUCCAGUCAUUCCCGCUUCUCUCUCAUCCCUUACUUCCCCUCUCAACCCUUACUUCUUCCCUCCCCUCAUUCCAACCCCCCUCUCAACCCUUACUUCUUCCCUCCCAUCAUUUCAGUCCCCUCCUCAUCCCUUACCUACCCUCUUAUCCCUCACCUGCUCCGUGCUGUCAUUCCAACCCUCCUCUCAUCCCUUACUUUCACCCUUCCGUCCUUCCAGCCCCACUCUCUUCCCUUACUUCUCUUCACAUCCCUUACUUCCUCUCUUUUUCUCUUGUACAUCCCUAGGUAUAAAGAAGUUUGGGACUACAACUACUGUCACAACGAACGCAAUUUCAAUCGGCCUGGACACGCUGGCAAAGCUACUGGGCAUUUUACCCAGGUAGACAGAUAGCCCCAUGCUGAAGCUUAGUCCAGAUCUUCUAAUGAAUUAACUUUGGAACAAUAAGGGAUGGUUCUUACUAAAUCUCAAUGGUUUUAUUUAAUUCCCCAUUCCGAAGUUAAUGAGGGGACUGGGACGAAUGUUAAAAAGUGCCCAAAUUAAGAAAUGACCCAAAUCACUAAAACGACAACCUCAAAAUUAGUAGGUAUGCAAAGUUUGAAGACGUUUACAUGAAUACCCUUCGAAUAAUAAGCUUUUGAAAAUCGCGAUAUUUACUAUGAAUUAAAUGUACUGUAAUUUUUGUUUUUUGGGACGCGCGUCCCAAAAACAAUCUUUUAAUCAGCAAUUUCACAAUUUUUGAAAGCUUAUUAUUUGAAGGGUAAUCAUGUAAACGUCUUCAAACUUUGUAUACUUACUAAUUUUGAGGUGGUCUUUUUAGUGAUUUGGUUCGUUUCUUAAUUUAGGCACUUUUUAACACUCGUCCCCAGUCCACUCAUCAACUUCGGAGUGCCUAAUUAAUCAAUGAAUAGGCCAAAAUAAAUAACAGUUUCACACAUUUUGCCAAUGGCUAAAUUUAGUUCUCGUUGCUGCAAGCAUAAUAAUUAUAUUCAAGUCGAAAUAUUCAAUCAGCUUGGUUGUUUGAUGAAAAUCGAAUACUUCAAUGAAGUCUGUUUGGGCUAAACUGCUUGGAGUAACCUGUCCAUUAUAAACACAGUUUAGUAAUACGACCAAGCACACCUUAAGUCAGUCGCAUCUCUAACAGGUAGUCUGGAAAACAUCAACAAAGCUUGGUAUUGGUUUCGCAAGAAGUGCCGAUAAGAAAACUGUUUAUGUUGUUGGAAGAUAUUUGGCACAUGGCAAUGUUGGUGGAUUAUAUGGAAAGAAUGUUCUCAAAGCAAAUUAUUUGUUUCAUACUUUUCAAAAUAACUGCAAUGGUAUGUGCGCCAUAUGUCAUGUUUAUUUAGCUUUGCCUCAAUGACAGGGAGUUCACAACAGCGCUAUCCAAUUACUGUGGCCCCGUAGUUAGUGCAUAGUUAGUUCCUAAGAGUUAGUAUUAGAGAGAGGAAAACCGGAGUAUCCGGGGAAACCACUCGAAGCAUAGGAGAGAAUCAACUUUACAUAUGAGUUAGUCAGGCACACUGAGGUAAUUCAAGCGAGUCCCGACCUGCUGUAUGGCAGGCUUAUCUCUGAGGUAAGGGUCAGUGCCCUAACUAUAUCCGCCACUCGUGCUUCCCAAAUUACAAGCAUGUCAAGACGAAUAAACUAGAGGGUGACAGUAUCUCUGUCAUCAGUAAAAAUGAUUUGUAUAGAUCGCACAAAACACCAAAUGCUUCCAGGCUAAUGCUUACAAACACCAAAUGCUUACAUUUGCGAAUAUGAUCAUAAUCCUAAAAUAAAAUUCCACCAUACAACUAAACUUAACCAAACCAUAUUAAUGAUGAAAACUGCACACUCACGUAUGGCACCAAUGCCUAGUGAAAAGUUAAUUAGCCUUUCUCACGCCGCCAUUUUUAAGUAGCAUUUCGGCCGAAGGCUGCGAGAUCAGUCCACAUAACAGCGACUUUUUAUAAUUUUUUGGACAAGUGAUGGUAAAUUUGCUUUGUAAAUGGUUAGUUUAUUUUGAAAAAUUGCUUUUCAUAUUGUUUUAAUUGUUUGCAUUGGUUAGUGAGAAUUUGAUGCCACCCAAAAAUGGCGGAUAUUUGUCAUCGUAAUAAAGGCUAAUUAACCCCUAUACUAGUACAAAAAGUCACCCCACAAUUCUAUAUGCAGGGAAAAAUGGCCGAUUCUCGGCUUGGUCGAAGCCAGGCGAGUGUUCUCAAAGCUGUGGAGGCGGUAUCCGAUUUAAAACUAGGACAUGUACCAAUCCAAAACCGUCAUUGAAUGGUGGUGACUGUUAUGGUACAACCAGCCAGUUAGCAGCCCAGCAAUGGUGCAAUACCCAGGUAAGAACAUUAGCUCUUCACGUGAGAUACAGUAAGGUACAUGGCUUAAAGUUAGGAUCAGCUGGUAUCGCCACUAGAAUUUUCUUCCAAGAAGCUAAAUCCUCGAAGUUGAUAAAACAUUAUAUUACAUGAUUAUGUUUGUAUUUUAGAGUUGCCCCGAAGGGGAUAAAAGCCACAGAGUUCAGCAAUGUCAAGCACGUGGCCUUCUGGCAAAAUCAUAUACAUUCAAUAAUAGUAAGCUUAUGUGCAUUUCUUUUUCAACUAAAUUAUACUGAAAUUAAUGCGUAUAUAUCAUCACUACCAUAAUUAUGCAUCAUUAUCAUCACCACCACCAUCACCACCAUCACACCACCAUAAACAUCAUCACCAUCAUCACCGCUAUCACUACCAUCGAUAACCAUCAUCACCACCAUCAUGAUCACCACCAUCAUCACCACCAUUUUCCACCAUCAUCAUCACUAUCACCACCAUCACUGCCAUCAUCAUCACCACCAUCAUCACCAUCUUUAUCAUCACCAUCAUCAUCACCAGCAUCUCCACCAUGAUCACCAUCAACAUAAUCAUUACAACCAUUACUGCCACCAUCACCAAACCAUCACUAUAUCAUCACCACCAUUUUCCACCAUCAUCAUCACUAUCACCACCAUCACUGCCAUCAUUAUCACUACCAUCAUCACCAUCUUCAUCAUUAUCUCCACCAUCAUCACUAAAACCAUCAUCACCACUAUCACUAACAUCACCAUCAUCACCACCAUCACCACCAUUAUCAUCACCACCAUCAUCACCAUCAUCACCAUCAUCACCAUCAUCACCAUCAUUACCACCAUCAUCAUCAUCACUAUCAUCAUAAUCAUGCAUCACCGCCAUUAGCAUCAUCACCACCAUCACCGCCAUCGUCACCAUUAUCAUCGUACCACAAUUUUUCACCAUCAUCAUUACUAUCACCAACAUCACUACCAUCAUCAUCACCACCAUCACUACCAUCAUUAUCAUCACCAUCAUCACCAACAUUAUCAUCAUCACCACCAUUUCCAUCAUCAUCACCAUCUCCAUCAUCAUCACCGUCAUCACCACCAUCACCUCCACCAUUAUCAUCAUCAUCACUAUCAUCACCAACAUUAUCAUCAUCACCACCAUCUCCAUCAUCAUCACCAUCUCCACCAUCUCCACCAUCAUGACCAUCAUCAUCACCAUUACCUCCACCAUUAUUAUCAUCACCACCAUCUCCACCAUUAUCACCAUCUCCACCAUGAUCACCAUUAUCACCACCAUCACCUCCACCAUCAUCUCCACCAUCAUCACCACCAUCAUCACCAUCAUCAUCACUAUUAUUUUGCAAAGUAUUCACCACUGAGUGAACAUUGUUUAACCCUAGACCAGUGUGGGUUAUUUUGCCACAGUGGCUCAGGGAAUAUCUAUACGGGUGCUGGAAAAGUGGACGAUGGUACACAUUGCAAUUCUGACAGCGGCGUCUGCAUGGAUGGACAGUGUAAGACAAUGCCAAAAUACGAAAGUAGCAAAAGUGAACAAAAUACAGGAGCGGAAGAAGGUAAAGGUCUUCUCGGGAAAUUAUAUGCAAGAGUGGAAUGAUUGUAUUUUGUUCUAACUUUUUUCAACUGCCAUGUAUCAUUUACCCUUGCAUACCUUUCUACUCAGCCAACCCUCUUCUCUCUGUCUUCCAUACCUAUUCACCCAAUUACUUUUCUUCAUAUUUCUCUCUUGUAUAAUACAGGUGAAAUUUCUGGCUCCUACACUGAUAUACCAAACGCGAAUAUCUGGAAGAAUCUCAUAUUAACUGUUCCCAAUGGUGCAAUUAAUGUCGAUAUUACAAACUACUUCUACGAAGAUGCUAGCAUCUGUAAGUUAGAAUCUUUGAUGCAUCUAUUACAUAGCAAACAAAAAGAGCAGUCUCUUCAAACCCAUGGCUAACACACUCCAGACUCAUCAGUAAAACCAUGGGACAUUAGAUAUCGUAGGGUAAAAUGAAAACAGGGCCAUUGCUGCUUCACCCCCAAUUAACAGAGACCCUUAACAACUCUUGAAAAAGUAUAGGGCUACAAUAAUUAUUUAAGUACUAUUUACAACAUGAGCGGCCGUGUUGUAUCGGAUAUACAAACUCGAGCCGAAGGCGAGAGUUUGUAUAUCCGAUACAACACGGACGCGAAGCUUCAAGAUAUACUUCUUUAGCAUUCUUCACUAUUUCAAGUCCUUUAACACUGAUGUCUUUCGCAUUACCAAGCCCUAAUCCAAUCAAAUACAACAUCUAUCCAAACGACUCAUCUUAUGAGUUCAUUGGCGGAGUAAUUUUAAAAAUAAACGUUGUCCAAGCCGAGAAAAUCAAAGAUAAAGCUUAUAUGUAAAUCAACAUGAAUCUGUACCACAUAUACAGAUACGACACGCUUAUGAUUUUUCUUUGUAUUUUCUUCAUGAAUUAUUAAUGAGUUUUUUAAUAGGGAAUACAUGCAUGCAGAAACCCUCGCCUUGCUGACAAAACCAUUGUAUUUUCCGAACAUUAAGUAUUUAAAGUAGUUGGGAUAAUAACACGAUAAUUUUUUAAGGAGUGUUUUAUUAGGUUUAAAGCCACGAGCGCGCAGCGCGAGUGGCUUUAGACCUAAUAAAACACGUAUUGCAAGUUUAUUAAACGGUUUCAAACACGACUACAAAUUCAAUAGAUAAACUGCCUUGUUAGUAUUCUUUAUACAAAAAUACUAAUGAGGAUACGACUGUGGCUUUAGACCUAAUAAAACACGUAUUGCAAGUUUAUUAAACGGUUUCAAACACGACUACAAAUUCAAUAGAUACUGCCUUAUUAGUAUUCUUUAUACAAAAAUACUAAUGAGGAUACGACUACAAUAGAUACUGCCUUAUUAGUAGUUUUAUCAGGUUUAAAGCCACUGCACGUGAUAUAGCCUAUUAUGGUUGACAUGAUUUGUCAAUAAGCUUAUGAAUUAUUAAUGAGUGUUUUGAAGAAUAUUUUUACAAAUGAAGAAUCCCCUAAAAUUAAAAAGAAUUUUAAUUACAAAAUUAUCAAUUUCCCAAACAUAUAUAUGUUAGAUAUGUAAUAUUAUUAUACGCAUUACAAGCUUCAAAUUAAGGUAAAAUUCAACCACGAACGCUUCGUAAAAAGUUUUAAAGUGUUCCUUUAAGUAAUAUAAAACUAAAAUGCUUUUUGUCGAAAAACUUUGAGUCCAAAAUGAAAUGAUUUACAAUUCUCGCAUUCAAAUAACUUUGCAUUCUCUUUUAUUUAAAUUAAAAAUAUUAAUAUAAUAAAAAAGGAUAAUCAAUAAAGAUACACUGAAAUUAUAUGCUGUCUUGUUUCUUUAUAAGCAACGAUUGUCUAUUAAGCAAUUAUAAAGCAAAGCAAUGCAUCAAUAUUUAAAACGAACUUACCUUCUUUAACGUCGGCGCCUUUACUCCCUUCUUUUAGCAAUUUGCCUUUAUUUUAUCAAAAAGUUUUGAAAUUUAUAAAAUCUUGCAAAAAUGAAAUAUAUUUGCAAGGAAUCAUCAAAUCAAGAAAUGUUUGCUAUCUCGCUGCUGUCAUGCAGUCAUUAUAAUGCAAAUUUCAAAUGUAAUUGGACCGAUCAGUGUUGGUUAUUAAGUGUCCUUAAUAACCAACACUGCUAUUCCGCUAUUUAUGAGAUCAGUGAGGAUGAUUUUUUAUUAAAAAUUUUUGCUGCUUUCUUCCUCAUAUUAGGUGUUGGGUAUAAAAAAUCGCACGGUGGAAUGGGCUACAGUUUUUGUGAGAAUUCUUGGAUGAAUGAUCAUGUUGCCUAUUACGGAGAAUAUAAAAAAACCAAGACAAUAGCUGGUGUUACUUUUACGUACAACCGAAAUAAAGAUUAUUCUGAAAUCUACAUUGAUGGUAUUUAUCAUAAUUCAUGUUUAUUUAUUAUUUGGUUGACAAUUUCCAAACUGUUAAUCCUCAAAUUUGCCCUUCCCUCAUUCAAAUGCCAAUACCGAUAGCAAAUUACUAAAGUUGGCACAUUUGAGUACAUUGCCAGUUAAUAGGUUAAUAACAAAUCUAGUGAAAUAAUGAUUUUAUUGCAUGUAAUAUUCAGGUCCUGUACAUUCAACACCUGGCUACAGCUUUGUUUUAUUCGUAAAAGGAAGUUCUGAAGCUGAUAUCGAAUGGACCUAUGAUGUUUAAAAACAGUUAUUUCUUAUCAAUAAUUUACUGCACUGUUUAGUUCACCGCACAGUCUUAUAGCUUCUCUAAUUUAAUUACAUAUUUUGUUUCCGUAAAACAGGAAGUUACGAAGCAGAAAUUAAAUAGACCUACGAUGUUUAAACUGUUAUUUCUUAUCGAUAAUUAAUGAACUAUUCCGAGGUCGUAGCUAAACUGAUAACAGGGGAUUCAUAUUAAUUUAUUCGUGUUCUCAUGCCCGGUGGAUUUCUUUUGAAAGCGAUUGUUUUUACGGUAUGUGAACAUGAAUAUAUCAAUAUACUCCCCCCCCCCCCAAUUAUCGCGUCUAGCUACGUACGGCCCUGGCACUAUUUAGUUUACUGCACAGCUUUAUAGCUCCUGUAGUUUUAUUUGUUUCUGAAAUAUUAGAAGAAAACACCAUUCAUUAAAUUAAUUUUUUUAAUUAUCUGUCUGAAUUAUUGGAAUAAAUGGUUUGAUACAUAGGCAUUACUCCUGUGGGCAAGGGGUAGGAAGG